ACCUUCAUACCUGGAUGCGUGACUUGGGGUCAAGGCCGCGGUUAGUCUUGCUUUCGUUGGCUAACCGAGACUGCGAACACUCUUACCUUCCGGUACGGCGGCUUGUAUGAACUCCGAUAUACGUUUACACACGGCAUCUGCUCGCAGACCUAAAUGGAUUCACAAGAGCCAGCAAAAAAAUGGAAAGGUGCACAUUGUUGCAUUGUUGGGUGCCAUACCACUAAAGCGAAGUGUAGAGGCUUGUCAUUCAUAUCGAUUCCUAAAGCAGGCGAGAGCGAAGAUCAAGACAAGUGGAGGGCGGCUUUGAUUCAUGCUAUCAAUCGGUGCGAUAAAAGCUUCAAUCCAAAGAACGCCAAGAUCUGCUCUCGACAUUUCGAGGAAGGCUGCAUAAAAUACGGUCCAUCAGGAAAAUGUAGCGGUCUUGUUCCAUGGAGCUUGCCAACUCGUUGGAUGCCAAGCAAAUUACAUGAAUCACCCAAAACCACAAGGCCAAAACCUACUGAACGAGAACAACCUCCAUUGCCAGAACGUGUGUUCUACAAAAACUUUGAAGACAUCAAGAAAGAUUUAAAUAAAAUUCAAGCACCAUGGAUAAUCAAAGUAAACACUCCAGCAAAUGUUCAGAUUGGGGUUUCAUCAGAGACCGAAUAUGUAUGGAAAAUUAUUGUCGAGUUGAGAGCCGAAAACAACACACAAGCUUAUGUGAAGGUAAGCUGUUGUUGAAACACAUUUUUACCUCCGUCAUUUCUUUUAUAAAACAUGUAUUGUAGAUGGACAUGGUUUAAAUUUGUUUUGUUAAUCUUUUAAUUGAUAGAAAUUCUUCACAAUGUAAAGGUUACUAAAGAAAAAAAAUUCUGCUAUUAUGAGGUAACAAAAGUUAUUGCCUCUGAUCUAUCACUUCAAAAGAGGCAGACAUUAUCUACCUAAAAUUAAUAUUUAGUUUUAUCAUAAUUAUUAUUGACUGGAUUAUAUUUUGAUCAGAUAACAUAUUUAUUUUUGUUGUAUAUUUGUUAUUUUUUAUGUACAACUAAUACUUUAUAGGAAUAGUUUGGGCAAUUUGAAAAAAAAAAACUGAACAUUUAGAUAAUGUUUUCAGGUUCUUGGGGUGCCUGCUCCACGCUUGACGACAGACCUGGAGUCAAAAAGGCUAAGUACAUUUCUGCAGGAGCUGCAGGUCAUGUCGAUUUGCACUGGGGUAACUGAAAGUUCACUGCAAGAAUAUGCUGCCCUACCUGAUGGGCAAACACAAUUUUAUCGUCACAUUCAGUACACAACAGUUAAGUAAACAUUCAAAGCAUCGUAAAGUUAACCACGAUGAUAUCAUUGGAGAUCCUGUCACGCUGUUCAAUGCUCCCAUGUUUUGAAUGUUUGCCUUAUGGAAGUUUCCCCAUGACUUUUUUCUGUCAGAAUGGGGAAGUUUUGUCUUGUGCACCAAGCAGGCAUUCAAAAAUCCCAUCUUGUCAAGCAGCUGUGAUCCUGUAAAACAUUAAAAUUCACCUAUAAGCAAA